UUGUACAUCAUGUAGUUUGUGCAAAAUAUACAAAACUCGCCGAGUGUGAUAACUUUAUGUGUAAAAUAGACACAACUCUUUUCAGCAGAUUGUACAAACAGUUAGUCGUGUCAUUAUUUUUAUUCUGUUAUCAUAAUUUGAAAUAAAACACGGGACAGCAUUCUGAAAUUGAUUUUAAACAUGGCAUUUCGUUGGUUGACUACAUCGUUAAUUUUGCGUGCCGUGAUUGCGUGCCUGAUUGUACCAGUAUUCAGUAUGCUAGUAGCAUUAUGGCUUUUCUCAGAUACAAAACAUCUGGAUCUUCUGGACAAAUCUCCUGGACUCCGAUCGGGAUGGGAGGAUGUCAAACAACACUUGAAAAUUGAAGAGAAAAACGGAUUACUUUCCUACUUCUUCACGGAAUCAACGAUCAGAAGAUUUUCUCAAGAAGGAUCUGAUCUUAUGGUUAGGACUCAGAAGACGAUUGAAAUUAUAUUCUUGGGGAAACCACUCAAAGAAGACGAAUAAUGCAAUGAGAGGAUUGAUGCUUGAAGAAUGUUCGGCUAUUGCCACGCCUCGAUUAUAAUUCAGAAGAGAAGUUACUGCACAUAAAACAGGAAUAUAUUUUCCCUGGAUACGUAAUAAAAAAGACGUCAACAUUUAUAGAAAGUCUUGAGCCAAUCACGGUCGAAAUAAGAAAAAAACGAGGGAAAUUUUUACUUUAAGAUCCUGAUUGGCUCGUGAUUUUGUCUACAAUUUGACUGUCUAAUUUUUGA